UCAUCCAACAUCUCUAUGAUAAAUUUUGGAGAAAAUUUGCGAAGGUAAACGUUGCAAAUAUGCAGGCAACCGAAUCAUCGCAACAACUCUCGGCAGCACAUCUCCCCUCUUCUUCCUGAGUACUCUGGGCCAAUCUGCCGCCCUCCGCCGCACGCGCCAUCCGAUGGAGGAGGCGCAGGCCGCCGUGAUGGCGCACCUGGACCAGGUCUCGGGCCUCGUCCAGGCGCUCUCCGCCGAGCUCCGCCGCGGGAUCGGCCCCGCCGCCGACAGCCUUCUCGCCUUCGUCCGCGCCGUCGACUGGACGGAACCAUGGCUGAUUUGCUUGAUGGUAUUCCAUGCGACUCUGUUGCUCACGGCCGUCGGGUUGAGGAGGAAUGCCAAUUUCCAGCUCUUCAUGCUGUUUCUUGCCUAUUCAGGAGUUUAUCUUGCUGAAAAGAUAAAUAGCUAUAUGGCAGAGCACUGGAAGAGCAUUGCCACACGAAAUUACUUCGACCGCGCUGGAGUUUUUGUUUCUGUCGUCUGGUCGGGUCCCCUUAUCUUCAUAUCUAUGGUCAUUGUGGUUAGCUCCCUUAUUACAUUAUGUCGGUUGAUGGUGAAAUGGAAGAGAGCAGAACUAAGGCAUCGGGCUCAGCUUGCUCGUGACAAACAGGAUUGACUGAAAGGUUCCUUAGUCUGGUAGAAGAAAUGAUUAGAGACAUGCGUCUUCUAGAAUUGUAACUGUUGGUGUUUAAUCACCUGAUGUUUUUCAGUUGCUUGCUGCUAGUAACUUACUGCGUCGGUUAUAUUCUGGUGUUCAUGAACUCUAGUAACAGCUAAAAACAGAAAUACUAGACCCAGUAUCUGAUUUCAUCAUGUUUUGGUUCAGUAGCCACGAACAUGGAUGUGUAAUUUUAUUUAAAAUCGAUUGUGAUAAAUUGCAAACUGCAUCCUUGUGCUA